CAUCAUGCGCUAUAAUACAACUUUAAUGAAUUAAGGGUUAUUAAUAUUGGUUAAAGUAUAAAACUUAGAAAGGAAUAUCUUUUCCUAUAACAUUUCUAUUGUCGAUAAAGAAAAAUAUCUUUUCACUUAAUUUUUUGCCAUAUUUAGUACUCAUUUGCUUAUAAAACUCCUCAUCGUAUUAUAUGUCGUUAUCUGAAUCUAUAUAUAUGAUUCUAUCUGCACAAGAUAUUUAUUCAAUGUAAUAUAUAUAGGAAAAUUUGGACAUUCCGAAAAUUCUUUUUAUUACAUUCCUAACUUCUAGAAUAUGCAUUUUUUUGAAAAUUCCACAUAAAUCAACUAAAGAGUUUAUUUCUGAAUUCAACUUAAAUAUUUCUUCCAAAAUUUAAGACUCGCUUAAAUUUUCUUACUAUAUAAAAUUGGAAGGACAAUAAGCAGUGAAAACCUUGUUAUUUUCUCCUUAAAAAUGCUUGAAUUUUUAAGGAUAAAGUUCGUUUAUAUUCUUAUCAUUUGAAUGUAAAUAAAAUGACCUGUCAAUUAAAUCUGGUAUAUUUUGCAUUUAUUUACCUCCUUUUAUACUUUAAUAUGAAGGAUAAUUAUCUAGAAAAGGAGUUCCUGUAAAUCCUUUACAAUCAAAAUUGAAAAUUACAUCAAUUGAGUUUGUGCAUCUACUUUUAUCAUGAAUUUCCAUUUUCCUUAAAAUUAUCUCGAAUAAAUAUUUGGUUAAACCAUUUUUUAGUUUUGAAUUAUUUUAUACUAAAGUUGAUAAUUUCUCAUUUCCAUAUACAAGUUCAUCAUAAUCAAAAAAUUUAAUAUAUUCUUUAAAAUACUCAAAGCUAAUAUUUUUCCUUUCAGCCUAAAAUAGUUCAUCAUAUUUACUUAUAUCCUCCAUUAAUAAAUAAUAGGUUAAAUAAAUAGUUCUUUCCACAUCACUAUAAUACGAACCAGCCAUAGCCCUAUUUACACUCUCAUAUGGACGAGCAAUUAAGGACUUAUAGCCUUCUAUGUCAUGUGCUAUAUUUAUGGAAUGUCUUAGUGUUUAUUCGUUGAAAAUUCCAAAAGACUUAUUUAAAGAUUUACUUUUUUGUUUAAUUUCUUCAUUUAUUAUAGAGUAUUUUUAUUCAAGGUUUUCCCAGUAAGAACUGUUUUCGGAAUUUUCAGGUUCUUAUUAAAUUUAUUCUUCAUCUACUUUUU